AUGACGAAGGAAACAUUGGUGAAUUCAACCUCCACUAUGAUGAACCUUAGUCGGUUUGAAUUACGAUUGUUACAUUUUUUUGAUCAGUUUUGUGUUCCUCUCUUCUCUUUCGGUGUCAAUAUGACAGCAGAACAUAUGUGGCGCAAUUGUGUGCCGCCUUUAUUCGCCAAGUCGCCGUUGGUACGCAAGGCAAUGUUCCUGUUUGCGUCCAUGAACAUGUGGCCAUUAUGUGACGUUUCCACAUUAUUCUUAGCAGAUGUCCAGGACGCCAGAGAAUUGUACCAGAUAGCACCCAGUUGGCUGGAAUAUGGUGUGGAAAGUACCAUGCCGGUGGAUUUAUUUGACCUGUCUAUGGCGCUCGCAAGCACUGAUAAUUUGUACAAAAGAACACUCAACUACUUUUCCGACCUGAUCUCCGAGUCCCAAAAGGCACUUCUGCUUGGCAUUAACACCGUUGUCAACGACCCAGAUCGUGCUGCAGAAUUAGGUAUUGCUGGGGUUCUUAUCUACCUGUUUCUUGGACUCCAUCCCCACCGACUAGUUCCUAUAUUAUCGUUUCAGCUAGAGGAAGAGACCGAAAUGCUGGAUGAAGAUGACCCCUCUACAGACUUUGUGGCUAUAUGUCGAGGUGUCCAGAGUACAUUUGAGCUUGGUAUUGAUGCCAUAAUCCAAACUGAAUUUCGUACAAUCUACAAUACUGUGGAAAAGGUACCCUCCUUCAUCAGAGAACACAAGUUUCCCAUAAUUGUGCGAUUGCAUAAGGAAAUGGACGACUUUUAUGCGGACUACAAGGACGUGGUAGACCCACGAAUUGACGCCGAAAUCGAAGCAUUGAGAGAAUCCAUUGACAUCUUGGCAACCGCAUUCUACUAUUCCUCCAAACUAAACUACCCUGUACCGCUUUUCAAAUGGGCAAUAUUCAUUCCAGAGUUUCUAGAUGUGCUACUCCGAGAAAAGCAUUUCUUUGCUCUACGACUCUACUAUCAUUUUGCAUGUAUCUGUGUUGUGUCAAGGUUCAGUCUUUACCACGAUAGAAACAUGUGGAAAGACUUCAUGGAAUGGUGGAAAAACUACAACAUGAAACUUUAUGGUGGUUGGUACUACGAUUAUGACCGCAGUUUCUACGAAUUGAUAAUGGACAAAAAUUACAAGUUUCUGUUCGAGAGCUUCAAAUUUUUGUACGAAUUCGAUCCGGAGUUGCUAGUGAAUAUUCUCUAA